AUGUACUGGAAAAAACAACAACAUUCAAAGAUCAUGGAGCAGCACUGAGGGUCUUUUGGUCAGUCAUAUCCGCCUGAAAUGGAUGAAGGCAGCAUCAGGAAGGAGUCGCAGAACGGCUCCAGCAGUCACAUCAGGGAUGUUGGGACUGAAGAGCAACAGCCUGCCAAGGCUACUGUGCUUCAAAAAGAUGUGGGUCUGCUCAGUGGCAUCUGUCUGAUUGUGGGGACAAUGAUCGGCUCAGGAAUCUUCAUUUCUCCUAAAUCUGUUCUGCUGUACUCUGGAGCUGUGGGACCCUGCCUCGUCAUCUGGGCGGCAUGUGGCGUCUUAGCCACUCUGGGAGCACUGUGCUAUGCUGAGCUUGGCACCAUGAUCACCAAAUCGGGGGCAGAGUAUUCGUAUUUGAUGGCGGCUUAUGGCUCAGUUGUGGCCUACCUUUUCUCCUGGACCACGGUCAUGGUGCUCAAGCCCUCCGCCUUUGCCAUCAUCACGCUGAGCUUUGCAGAAUACGCCUCCACUCCUUUCUACCCUGGCUGUACUCCUCCUGUUAUUGUCACCAAGUGUCUGUCAGCAGCAGCAAUAUUGUUGAUCGUAGCUGUUAAUUGUUUGAGUGUGAAACUGGCGAGGUAUGUGCAGAACUUCUUCACUGCAGCCAAGCUCUUCAUCAUUUUAGUCAUAGUGGUUGCUGGCAUCGUUGUGCUGGCACAAGGAAAAACUGAGAAUCUGUCGAAUGCAUUUGAUGGAACACCUUCAUCUGUGGGAGCGAUCGGGCUUGCAUUUUAUAAUGGGCUUUUUGCGUAUGAUGGAUGGAAUCAACUAAAUUUUAUUACAGAAGAGCUGAAAGACCCAUACAGGAACUUGCCUCUGGCCAUCAUCAUUGGGAUCCCUUUAGUGUCUGUGUGUUAUGUGCUGGUCAACAUCGCUUACUUCAGUGUCAUGACCCCCACUGAACUCCUGCAGUCUCCGGCCGUUGCUGUGACUUUUGGAGACAGAGUCCUUUACCCUCUUUCCUGGGUUGUUCCUCUCUUUGUUGUCUUCUCUACAUUUGGAGCUGCCAAUGGAAGCUGCUUCACUGCUGGCAGGCUGGCCUAUGUGUCUGGCAGAGAGGGUCACAUGGUGAAAAUCUUGUCCUACAUUAGUCUAAAGUACUACACCCCAUCCCCUGCUCUCAUAUUCAAUGGUAUGUUGGCUAUUUGCUACAUUAUCCCAGCAGACAUCAACACUCUCAUAAACUACUUCAGCUUUGCUACAUGGGGGUUUUAUGGACUGGCAGCACUGGCUCUCAUAGUCAUGCGCUUCACCAGGAAGGAUCUCCACAGACCAGUGAAGGUACCGAUUGUGAUACCCGGCCUGAUGGUCCUUGUGUCCUGCUACUUAGUCUUGGCUCCUAUUAUUGAUAAGCCAGAACUGGAGUACCUCUACUGUGCUAUCUUCAUCUUCAGUGGACUACUCCUCUACUACCCUCUCAUCCAUCUAAAGGUCAAAUGGGCAAGAAAAAUCAUGAGUCCCAUCACCAUGCAUCUCCAGCUGCUGAUGGAGGUAGUUCCUCCAGAGAAAACCGAAUGAGAAGCCACCGCUCUGACAACCAGGUCUGGUUUUAAAAAAGGGGGUUAGAAAUUUGGUGCCCAGACUGGAUCAAGCCGAACAUCAGAGCUCUACUCUGUUGAAAAGCUGCAGAUAUAAAAGUUAAACGUGAUGCACUGGGUUGUUGAGCCCCUGUACAGGUGAUGGAUGAAAUCAUUUGUCUUGUGGGUUCACAGAAGAAGAAGAAGAAAGGAUGAGUGUUUUUAGAGUGUGCCCUAUAGGAGCAGCUCUGCUGUUUAUAAAAUGAACAUAGAAGUGUAAAUGUAAGGUUUAGAAGAUGUCUUUCCUUCAAAAAGAAAUAAAUCGCUUACUUACCAAAACCCUUCCUGUGAUGUGAAGGUACCAAAAUAAAACACAGAAUGUUAGGUA